UGGCGCCGGGCGCGGAGGCGUCACGUACUCCAUGGUAACGACGCUCAGCCCAAAGAUGGCGCCCGAGUGGGGUGGUGGAACGGGUUCCUCCGGGCCAGGCCCGGGCCCAAGCCGGUGGCGCUGGGGCGGUUCUUUAUGGGUCCGAGGCGUUUUCCUCCUGUUAGGCGGGAUCCGCGCAAGCGCUACAUCUAUUCCUGUCUCCUUGGGCAGUUCCCCUCCCUGCCGGCAUCACGUACCCUCUGACACUGAGGUCAUAAAUAAGGUCCAUCUUAAGGCAAAUCAUGUUAUAAAGAGAGAUGUUGAUGAACAUUUAAGAAUCAAGACUGUCUAUGAUAAAAGUAUUGAAGAGUUGCUCCCUGAGAAAAGAUACCUUGUAAAGAACAAACUUUUUCCACAAGCUAUUUCAUAUUUAGAGAAGACUUUUCAGGUCCGUAGACCUGCGGGCACUAUCUUACUUAGCAGACAAUGUGCAACAAACCAAUACCUACGGAAGGAAAAUGAUCCCCAUAGAUACUGUACUGGGGAAUGUGCCAAGCAUACAAAAUGCGGCCCGAUUAUAGUGCCUGAAGAUCACCUCCAGCAAUGCAGGGUCUGCCGUGGGGGUAAGUGGUUCUGUGGAGCAGUGGGUGUGCCAGAUCAAGAGGGCGUCCGGGAUGCUGACUUCGUUCUUUAUGUCGGUGGUCUGGCCACUGAGAGGUGCAGCCAUGAGAACAUAAUCUCUUACGCAGCCUAUUGUCAGCAGGAAGCAAAAAUGGACAGGCCAAUAGCAGGAUAUGCUAACCUGUGUCCAAAUAUGAUCUCUACCCAGCCUCAGGAGUUUAUUGGGAUGCUCUCCACAGUGAAACAUGAGAUUAUUCAUGCCCUGGGUUUCUCUGCUGGGCUAUUUGCAUUCUACCAUGAUAAAGAUGGAAAUCCUCUAACUUCAAGAUCUGAAGAUGGUCUCCCACCUUUUAAUUAUAGUCUUGGAUUGUAUCAGUGGAGUGAUAAAGUAGUUCGAAAAGUGGAGAGAUUAUGGGAUGUUCGAGAUAAUAAAAUAGUUCCACACACUGUGUAUCUCCUAGUAACACCGCGUGUUGUUGAUGAAGCACGAAAACAUUUUAACUGUCCAGUUCUGGAGGGCAUGGAACUUGAAAAUCAAGGUGGUAUGGGCACUGAGCUUAACCAUUGGGAAAAGCGGUUAUUAGAGAAUGAAGCAAUGACUGGUUCUCACACUCAGAACCGAGUUCUCUCUCGAAUCACUCUGGCAUUGAUGGAGGACACUGGCUGGUAUAAAGCUAAUUACAGCAUGGCUGAGAAGUUAGACUGGGGCCGAGGAAUGGGCUGUGACUUUGUCAGGAAGAGCUGUAAAUUCUGGAUUGAUCAGCAGAGAAAAAAGAGGCAGAUGCUGAGUCCUUACUGCGCCACGCUCAGAAGUAACCCAUUGCAGUUAACAUGCAGACAGGACCAGAGAGCAGUUGCAGUGUGUAACUUGCAGAAGUUCCCAAAACCCUUGCCUCGAGAGUACCAGUACUUUGAUGAACUCAAUGGAAUACCUGCAGAAGAUUUGCCUUAUUAUGGUGGUUCAGUAGAAAUUGCUGACUACUGCCCUUUCAGUCAGGAGUUCAGUUGGCAUUUAAGUGGUGAAUAUCAACGCAGCUCAGAUUGUAGAAUACUGGAAAAUCAACCAGACCUUUUUAAAAACUAUGGUGCUGAAAAGUACGGACCUCAUUCAGUUUGUCUAAUUCAGAAAUCAGCAUUUGUCAUGGAAAAGUGUGAAAGGAAGCUGAGUUACCCAGACUGGGGGAGUGGAUGUUAUCAGGUUUCUUGUUCUCCACAAGGUCUGAAGGUUUGGGUCCAGGAUACUUCAUAUUUGUGUAGUCGGGCCGGGCAGGUCCUCCCCGUCAGCAUUCAGAUGAACGGCUGGAUUCACGGUGGAAACCUGCUCUGUCCAUCGUGUUGGGACUUCUGUGAGCUCUGUCCUCCAGAAACAGAUCCUCCAGCUAUUAACUUGACCCGAGCUCUGCCGCUAGAUCUCUGUUCCCGUUCCUCUAGCCUGGUGGUCACCCUCUGGCUUCUGCUGGGCAAUCUAUUUCCUGUGCUGGCUGGAUUUCUUCUGUGUGUAUGGCACUAAGAAUGGAAAAAAGAAUUCUCAAGACAUUCCUUUGUGUCAUGUUCUUCUGAACAAAGCACAAAAUCUGGGUGAGUGCCAGCCUGUGCAGAUGGCAGAAGUGGCAUUCCUGACUUUGGCUUUGAAGUGUUAACUACGAUUCGACCUUGAAGCAGAGCUUCACAGCAGUCACUCUUAAUCAGCAACCCGACAGCCUCAGAGCUUAGAGAAGGAGAAGAAAGUCCACGUCACCAACUCUCUCUGUUUUCCAGGAUACAUAAUCUUCCUGAACUUUUCCUUUGAAGAUGGGAUAAUUGGUGAAAUUUUCAGAUUACAUACCUCAGCAUUUUCAUUCACCUAAUAAAACAAUGGGAAAGUUCAUCAAUGCUGCAAUAAUUUAAAGAACAGUUAAUUAUUGCAAGAUUGUAAGUGUGGAUCCCGUGCCCAGAAGUAUAAACUGUCCUUCGACUUACAGAAAACAAUUGUUUGAAAUUUCUAUAUCACUAUUAUACAUAUUUUGAAUUUAAUGACUGUACCUGUUACACUUAAAUUAUUGUUCUCAUUGUUCUAAAAAGUCUUUUUUUAAAUUAUGUUUUGCUAAAUCUUAUGAUUUAACCAUGCUUGCCUUUUUCAAAACUAGCUGUAUUGUAGUUUGCUCCUGAAUCAUUAUGUGUUGGUAGCCCUCUUCUAGCUGUUUGUUACUCAUUGAUCUCCAGAACUCAGUUUCCAAUUGUAUUCUCCAUUAGUUUAAUAAUGACUUGAAAAACUGUGGAAGCAGAGAGAGAACAAUACUCUGCCCUGUAAAAAUAAUUGAAGUAAUGAAAGCAGAAGUAAACAUAAUUGUAUGUUUUUCAGAUAAUAGUUAUGACAACUGUAAUCUAGCAAAAACAGAACUAUUCCUCUCUGAAUAGUAAAGAUGAAAUUCUUGUAUAGACAGGUAUGCAGUUAUUUUCACGUAGGCUUAGAAAUUGUUUCAGAAGAACUUCUAUCUGAAAAUUAUUUUAUAUAUAAGAAGAAAAACAUAAGUCAAAACAAGGUGGUCUGAAUUACUUACUAAUAGCAAAGUGUAGGUUUGGUCUCGGGCCUUCCAGUGGGGUCCGCUUUGUGCACAACAUGGGGCUCAGUCCACAGUAGUUGGAAGAUUGCCUUUGCUUUAAAAGGAGGUGAAGUCCUCUUACCUCCUGCUUUUGACUCUUCUUGUGUUACCGCAUAGAUUCUGUUCCACAGAAGCAAUUCUGCUCUGGUACCAGAGCUUACCAACCCCACUUUACUAAUUAAAUUAUUUAAUGAUGAGUGAUGCCCAGUUUUUCUCUCUAAAGCUUGUAAAGUCCUGUGGCAUUAUAAAUACAGCCCUUGGAGAAGUGUUCAUUCAUUCAUUCGUUGGUUGGCCCUUUAAUUCCAGCAAAUAGUUUUUGAGCACGCCAUUUGAGGAAUUGUGCUCAGUGAGCAAGCAGCAUAAUUACCAAGGAAUAAUUCCAGCUGACUGUUUAGCACUGGGGCCAGAGAGCAACCCUAAAAAAGUUUUUUUAAUGCAUAAAUUUUAAAUAUGUAUUUAAAUAUGCAGUUUUGAAUUGAAGGUAUUUGUCAUUGUGAAAAGCUUAGGGUCUCUAGCAUAUCCUCCUACAGCUAAAGAGAAGAUAAUAGUAAUACAGAUAUCAGGCCAGUGCUUGGUUUUCUGCCUCUUUCAUGUAUACUUUAAAUUGUGCAAGGUCAGAGAAAAGUAUAGAGUAUAUUUUUAAAGAAAAUUAUAAAAAUCUAAACUUACAUAUCUAUUGUGAUUAUGAAUCAUCCUGCAAAGAUGUAUAAAGAAUUUCACCAAAAAUACUAUGGAUUAAUAAUAUAUUUAAGAUUUACAAUGAUAGGUUUGGUUAUAUUUUGACUGUUGUGCAGUAAUGCCGUUUAGGUAGUAUUGUUUCUGAGCAUGGUGCUUUUUAUACUUGAAAUAUAUUUUGCUUUAUUUUUUAUUGAUAUAAUUAUAUUUGCACUAAUGACUUUCUGGAGAAAAUAUUAUAGAUGACAUUUUUUCUAUAUAUAUUUAUUAAGCUUGGAAUCUGGUAGCCCAGUGUUUUCUCUGCACAAAUAUGAAACUUGAUAAAAUAUGAUGUUAAGAAAUCGUGAGUUUCUGAGGGUAACUAAAUGCUCUUGUGUCAUCCUUCCUCUUCAACAAGUCUUGAAAGUGGUUGCUUACUUAUUGAUUCUGCGUAGUUUACUCAGUGAAGACGUAGAAGGCCACUGAACCUGUAAGAAAUUUUAAGAAGCAUGUUUUAGUCACUUAGUUUAUGACAAUAUUAUAAAAACAAGACUUUUAAAAUCUUUGAUUUCAAUGCAGAAUCAGUGGGCUAGAAUUCCGCUUUGCACAGAAGAAUUUGAAAUGGCCUAAAUGUCUGUAUUUUGUGUUAGGUAUCCUCCUUCAUGUUAGUAAAACCAGUUCACUGAGAAAGCGAUUGAGCAGACUGCUGCCGCAGUGGAAGUGAGAUGGUGUAGGGAAGGAGAACAGGGGAGUAGCUUGAUUUGGGGACAGUAGACAGGAGUCCCUUUCUAACUCAAAAAGGGUCAAGUGCUUAUAAAAACUGACUACCUCAGUUUUCAGUUCAGACUUAGGUUCAUUUUGAUAGUAUUAAGGUCCCAAUAGUAUGAAGUGAAUUUGUCUCUCAGGUUUCCAAGAACAGAAUUUAAAGGAAGGAAGCAAAAGCCAUGUCAGAAGACUUGAGCUGACAGCUUUGAAGAAACUGGCAAGCAGUUAGGAAGUCUAAAUAUAGAUCACUCUAAUAUGCUCCUGAAUAACAUCUUUUUCCCUUACUUAUUUCUUAAGGAUGCUUAUUUUUGUUAAGACAAAAUAUACAUUCUAAAAGUGUUAUAAAUUAUGCUUAAAAUUAGUUUCAGCCUAUUAUCUUGGCUUAGAAUUUAUCAAUAGUUGAAGAUGAAAUACCAAUUACUGAAGUUUAAAUAGUUCUAGGAAGAUACAUGAAUAAGUACACCAGAGUAUUCUAUAACAUUUUAUCAAUAUUCUCCAAUAUUAGAAGACUCACUGAUUGAUACCAUCUGUAAAAUGAAUGGAUGCUUUCUCAGACUCUUUCUAGCUCUACUACCCUGACUAAUAUUCACCCAUAUUCCGAGGUCACUGCUGGCUCUGAGUCACCUCUUCGAGUAUGCCAGCUUGCACGUCCUGUUCAUCAGAGUCUUGUGCUUGAUGCCUUAGCACUAUCCAUGCUCUUGGACACUGAAUGGAAAGAGAAGAACCCGUCUCUGAGGGCAUCGGAGCAGUCCUGGCAGGAGGUAGACUUCAGUCACAGCUCCACAAACCUGUUUCCUAAUGGGCACCAAUCAUCUGUGCGAUGUCCUCGCAGCCCAGGAGGAGAACCAUAUUUUAACAAAAUCUGGACUUCUCAUUCUGAAGAAAGAACUUCACCUGAAGGGAUGACCUUUUUCUUUUUCUUUUUUUUUUUUAAUACUUUUAGUCAGGGUUGGGGAGGGAGUAGUACAUUAUUUUAUGUUUACAUUUUUAAUAAAUAAAAUAGAAGAUUUAAGAACUAAUCUUUAUUUAUGGUAUUGAACUUUAUGUAUAAUAUAUAUAUAUCCCUUAGAAAACACACAACUUGAAUAAAAA